AUGCCGACCUUGACCCCCACAGUGCCUUCUGAGCCUCCGAACAUCCCUGGGACUGUCCUCAUCCAGAACUCCACACAACCCUCUGUUAUGGACCUUGAUAGGCCUCUUGAGGACCAAAGUAAGACUCUUUUCACAGACCAGGAAGUAACCUUUGAUCAGACCAAACCCACAUCAGACUCCCAGAUGACAGGUAUCACUGACAUUCCGAAGAUGACACCGACUGAUGGUCAGAAGUCAGCUGGCACUGCCGGCAAGCUGACAGUGUCCAGUGAAGACGGCCAGUUGAGGACCCUCGGCAUGAUCCAGAUGACAUGUGAUGAUCAGAUCAAUACACCCAGUGAGAACCAGACUAUCCAUGGAGCUCAGAUGACAACUCUUACAGAGCGGCAUGGGAGGACUCCCAGUGGUGACCAGAUCCUUGAUGGGGCCCAGAAGAGCAACACCACUGGUGGCCAGAGAUUCUAUAGGGGUCAGAUAAGCAACUCUACUGAUGACCAGACCCUCUAUGGGGGUCAGAUGAGUGCCCCAACUUGUGACCAGGCCCUCUAUGGAGGCCAGGUGAACUCGCCAACUGCUGACCAAAGGUUGUAUGGGGGCCAGAUGAAUGCCCCAAGUUGUGGCCAUCAGACCCUCUAUGGGGGCCAGAUGAACACCCCAGCUAGUGACCAGAGCCUGUAUGUGCGUCAGAUGAACUCACCAACUGGUGACCAGACCCUCUAUGGGGACCAGGUGAACUCGCCAAUUGGUGACCAGACCUUAUAUGGGGGCCAGACGAAUGCCACAAGUGGUGACCAUCAGACCCUCUAUGGGGGCCAGAUGAACACCCCAGCUAGUGACCAGACCCUGUAUGUGGGCCGGAUGAACUCACCAGCUGGUGACCAGACCCUCUAUGGGGGCCAGGUGAACUCGCCAAUUGGUGACCAGACCCUCUAUGGGGGUCAGAUGAACUUGACAACUGCUGACCAGACCUUGUAUGGGAGCCAGAUGAAUGCCCCAAGUGGUGAGCAUCAGACCCUCUAUGGGGGCCAGAUGAACACCCCAGCUAGUGACCAGAACCUGUAUGUGCGUCAGAUGAACUCACCAACUGGUGACCAGACCCUCUAUGGGGGCCAGGUGAACUUGACAACUGCUGACCAGACCUUGUAUGGGGGCCAGAUGAAUGCCCCAAUUGGUGACCAUCAGACCCUCUAUGGGGGCCAGAUGAACACCCCAGCUAGUGACCAGACCCUAUUUGUGGGCCAGAUGAACUCACCAACUGGUGACCAGACACUUUAUCAGGGCCAGUUGAACACCACUACUAAUGACCAGACCCUAUUUGUGGGCCAGAUGCACUCACCAACUGAUGACCAGACCCUCUAUGAGGGUAUGAUGAACUUGACAACUGCUAACCAGACCUUGUAUGGGGGCCAGAUGAAUACCCCAGCUAUUGACCAGACCCUGUAUGUAGGCCAGAUGAACUCACCAACUGGUGACCAGACCCUGUAUGUGGGCCAGAUGAAUUCAACUGGUGACAAGACCCUAUAUGUGGGCCAGAUUAACUUGCCAACUGGUGACCAGACUCUCUAUGGGGGCCAGAUGAUGCCCUUCACUGGACAACUCUUAGAAAAGCAGAAUUGGAACCUACAGACCCAGCGCUAUCAGCCUCCGAAGAAUCCUGAGCUUUUGAAGCCUUACGUCUGUACAUAUCCUGACUGUGGGAAAUCUUACUCAAAGUCUUCCUACCUCCAGAUCCAUAAGCGUAAACACACAGGGGAGAAGCCCUAUGAAUGCAGUGAGGAAGGAUGCCCAUGGAGAUUCUCCCGCGUGGACGAGCUCAGCAGACACAAGAGGAAGCACUCUGGGGAGCGGCCCUACACGUGUACCAAGUGCGACAAGAGCUUUGCGCGAUCUGAUCACCUGCGACAGCAUCAGAAAGUCCAUAGAUGA